AUGGGAUACAUCUAUGAGGCCAUGAAUAGAGCUAAGGAUGCAAUUGUGAUAAGUUUUAAUGGAAAUGAAGAGAAGUACAAAGAAAUCUUCAACAUCAUUGAUAAGAGGUGGGAGAUUCAGCUUCAUCGGCCUUUGCAUGCAGCAGGGUACUUUUUGAACCCAGAAUUCUUCUAUGAUAAGCCAGAAAUAGAGCAUGAUGCCGAGAUUAUGAGUGAUUUGUAUAAAUGCAUCUUAAGGCUAACAAGAGACCCUGCUAAGCAAGAAAAAGUUGUAGCCGAAGUGAGUUUGUUCACAAAUGCCCAAGGACUAUUCGGGAAUGAGUUAGCUGUUAGGACAAGAAAGAUUAGAGCACCAGCUGAAUGGUGGGCUGCAUAUGGAGCUUCAGCUCCAAAUUUGCAAAAGUUUGCAAUGAAAGUCCUCAACUUAACAUGCAGUGCAUCAGGUUGUGAACGGAAUUGGAGCAUCUUUGAAAAUAUUCAUAGCAAGAGGAGAAAUAGGUUAGAUCAUCAACGCUUGAAUGAUUUGGUGUACAUCAAGUAUAAUCGAGCCUUGAAGAGAAGAUACAAUGAACAGCUGCUGGAGCUGAGGAGGCCAGGUUUGAUACUAGAGCUAGAGCUAGAGCAAGCUCAAGCAUAA